AUGCCUUCAAUUAAUAAACGUACAAAAAAACAGCAACAAGAUGACGAUGAUAUUAACGAUAAUAACACAAGUCAAGGACAACUGCAAAAUAUUCAAGUUGAUGAACCAUUAGUAAAUAAAGCUAAAAAAAUAAAAUCAACAGAUAAGCGAUUGAUUGUUGUUCUUGAACAAGCAAACUUAGAAACAAUCAAAAUUGGAAAAGUUUAUGAAUUACUUAAUUGUGACCGACAUAAAAAUCAUCUUUUGAAAUAUAAACGUGACCCAAAUUCAAAUGCACGACCUGAUAUAACACAUCAAUGUUUAUUAAUGUUACUUGAUUCACCACUGAAUCGAGCAGGGUUACUGCAAGUUUAUAUUCAUACACAUAAAGGAGUUUUAAUUGAAGUAAAUCCUCAAACUCGUAUUCCACGAACAUUUGAUCGUUUUGCUGGUUUAAUGGUUCAACUUCUUCAUAAAUUAUCAAUUCGUUCUCAAGAUUCUGUUCAAGGAGGUAUUAAACUACUUAAAGUCAUUAAAAAUCCCGUCACAGAACAUUUUCCUGUUGGAUGUAAAAAAAUCUCAACAUCGUUUGGUGCUACAUCAACACGCCUUGUCAACAUUCAAGAUUAUGCACGUGAUGAAUGUGAAGUCGAUCAAUCGGUUGUUUUUGUUGUUGGUGCAAUGGCAAAAGGCAGUGUUAAUAUUGAUUAUAAUGAAGAUUCAAUAUCAAUUUCAUCCUAUCCGCUUUCAGCUGCGUUAACUUGCGCUAAAGUUUGUGCUGCAUUUGAAAACAAAUGGAGUGUUCUCUAG